CCAACAAAAAAAAGAGGGUGAAGAGGUAUUUACUACAGUUACUUUUGAUGCUGAAAUGUGUAGAAAAGCCCUUGUUAGGAUGAUAAUUGUUGAUGAGCUACCGUUCAAGUUUGUUAAGGGGGAGGGAUUCAGAUUCUAUAUGAGUAUUGUGUAACCUAGAUUUCCACUUCCGGGAAGGAUUACUGUUGCUAAGGAUUGUUGGAAUCUUUAUAUUAGUGAGAAGAAUAGGUUGAAAACUGUGUUCAAACAACCAAAUCAAUCUGUUUGUUUAACUACUUAUUGUUGGACUUUUGUGCAAAUUCUGAAUUAUAUGUGUCUCACUGCUCAUUACAUUAAUCAUGAUUGGAAAUUGCAAAAGAGGAUUAUCAAUUUUUGUCUUAUUAAAAACCACAAGGGAGAAACAAUUGGUAGAAAAAUUGAGAGAUGUCUUUUGGGGUGGGGGAUAUAUAGAGUGUUCACAAUUACUGUUGAUAAUGCUAGUUCUAAUGAUACUGCAAUAUCUUAUCUAAGAACUAGAAUGGAGGAUUGGAAUUUACAUCCUUUGAAAAGAGAGCAUUUGCAUGUUAGGUGUUGUACACAUAUUCUUAAUCUUGUUGUUAAUGAUGGAUUGAAAGAGAUGCAUGAAUCUAUUAACAAGAUAAGAAAUGCUAUUAGAUAUGUGCGUGCUUCCCCUAGUCGCAUGAAUAGGUUCAAAAAUUUCAUUAAGGAAGCUAGGAUACAAGACAAGUGUACUGUUCAAAUCAAUGUUCCCACUAGAUGGAACUCUACAUACACCAUACUUAAAAGUGGUUUGAAGUUUCAAAAGGCGUUCAAGAUGCUAAGGGAGAGAGAUACAGAAUAUGCUCUAAUGCAAUGUGGUAUUCUGAGGAAUAUUGAUUGGGACAAUGCAAAAUACUUUAUGGAAUUCUUGAAAAUUUUUCAUGAUGUUACAAAGAGUGUGUCUGGUAGUUUGCUUGUGACUUCUUCUCAAUAUUUUUAUGAGUUUUGUAAGAUCUUGCGAGUGUUCAAGGCUUCUUGUGGUAAUCGAGAUCCAUUACUUGGGAGUAUGGCUGAGAGGAUGAAGCUUAAGUAUGACAAGUACUGGGGUAACAUAAAAAAUAUCAAUAUGAUGAUUUUUGUUGUUGUAGUUGUUGAUCCUAGAUACAAGUUGAAGUUUGUGAACUUUAGCUUUGAAAAGCUAUAUGAUAAGGAUGACGCUGAUUGUUUGGAUGCAAAAGUGAAAGAGACAUUCUCCAAGAUGUUUGAAUACUAUGUGAAUGCAAAUAAUGGGAGUAGAUCUUUUACUUCAGCAACAAUGGAUGGUGCAUCAGAUGUGGGAGUACCUGAUGGCGACAUGGCUGGUGAUUUUUUCAAGGAGGUACAUUUUCAUGAGAUCAUCAACAAGAAUGAGGUGGAUUUGUAUUUGAUGGAUGGUUUAGAGAAGUCUCGUGAUCAAAAUACUUUUGACAUAUUGAAUUGGUGGAAGAAAUUGCACCAACCGAAGAAGAUGAUGAUGAGUUUGGUGUGGAUUCAGAUUAAGCAUGGUGGCUGUUUAUUUUUUAUUUGUUUUAAAGAGACUGUUUCGGUUUAAAGUGUGUUUAUUUUUGUUAUUUUGCUAGACAUUUUUAAUUGUCUUUGUUUUAUGUUUAAUUAAGUUGAAUUUGUAUUGAAUUUGGAUGUGAUAUACUCUUGUUAUUCUAGUUUAUUAAAGGUUUUAAACUUCA